AUGAUAUUGCGAAAAGCUUUGGUGUUUGCUACAAUUUAUUUAAUUAUAGCCCCUCGGAUUCAUGCACAAGGUACCGUAGGCUGUUCUUAUCCACUGGGAAUGAACAAUGGAGCCAUUACUGAUAGUCAGCUGUUUGCUUCAAGUGUUGAUCGUGAAACAAGUUCAGCCCAGCAUGCAAGACUCAAUCAAACCAGUGGCGAUGAAGCAUGGUGCGCCAAAUCACUUACUAGAAAUCCGCAAUUACAAAUUAAUUUAAUUUAUCCGACAUUAGUAACUAAAUUAGCUAUUAGUGGACGCAGACAGGAAUAUGUUUCUGGUUUAAUAAUCGAAAUCAAGACGGCCCCCAAUACUAAUUAUAGUAAUUAUAAUCAGGGCCGGGUUAUUACUGUAUCGCCUGUUGCUGGUAUUGGUAUUGCGUAUAUUGACUUAGUCCCUUCCAUUUUUGCCUAUGAAAUAUUGUUCACUAUCGUAGAGCACGUCGGUGGUGCUCAGUGUAUGGGAGUAGAAUUAUACGGGUGUUACUUAAUGAAGGGAAAAGUGAAAUAUUAUAAUAUACAAGAUGGCAACGACAACCAUUUUUACGAUUAUGACUAUAACGGAACUAAAUCAACCCUUGAUGGCAUAAUUUAUCUUAGCAAUGGUAUUGGUAAGCUGACGGACGGUACUUUGGGAUCUAGUAAACCAUCAAGUAUACUAUCGAACGAAUGGAUAGGAUGGAGUUCUGUAAUAGUGUCAGUCCCCACUUUAACGUUCGCUUUUGCUACGGAACAAAUCUUCUAUCAAGUUUAUAUCCAUUGUCUAAUAUCAUAUCCAUUCACCUUGUUCAAAUAUGCGAAUCUGUCAUUUAGCAAUGAUAGUUCUGAAUGGACUAGACCUGUCAUUUAUUACGCUAACAAAUCCCCUACAAUUACGAGUGAGGCCUUUUUCAUCACCUUUAAAUUGCAUAACGAGACCGGACGAUAUAUCAAACUAGAGCUUGCUUACAGUAAAUCCAAUGCCUGGAUUGGUUUGAGCGAAAUUUGGUUUAUGUCUAGAGAAGUCAAUGACACGUCUUUCAAUACAAUUACGGUGCCAACUAGUGAGAGUCGUCCUACUCGCACGACUUUGGUAUCAACUACCGCCUCAACGGAAAAACCAAGAUUAACCAUGAAGUCAACUAAACCUCCUACUAUGGCGACAACAGCUACUACUCGCACCGUCAUUACUAUAGGUAGAUCCAGGAAGUUAUUCACCUACUUAUAA